CACACUUUCAGUUAGACCCUGACACGCUCUAGUUAUAGACUAAACAUACGCUGGACUUCUGAAGAUAAGCUUAUAAUUCACAGCACAUUGUUUGUAUGACAAGCAAAUAUGACAAACAUACUGCAUAAAUGUGUUAAUUGUCCAUUUAUGUAUCCAUUCCUGCUCUGUGCAACUGUGGCAGUGACAGCUGGAUAUAAGCCAGUCAUACUUGUUCAUGGACUUUUUGAUGGGCCUGGGCAGUUCAGCAGUUUGAUUAAGUUCAUCUCAAAGUCCCACCCAGGUACAACAGCCAUAGCCAUUGACCUAUACAAUGAAGAGGACAGUAUUCAGCCUCUAUGGAAACAGGUGGAGGGCUUCAAGAAAGCAAUCCAUCCCAUCAUGCAAAAUUCUUCAGAUGGGGUCCAUCUCAUCUGCUACUCUCAAGGUGGUAUGAUAUGUAGAGGGCUUCUCGCAACACUUAAUGACCACAAUAUACACUCAGCAAUUUUUCUGUCUGCUCCUUUGGCAGGGCAGUAUGGAGGUCUUGAUUCCAAAUAUUGGUGGUCCGCCAUGCCAAAGAAAAUGCUUUAUCUAUUCUGCUACACUGCGAUAGGACAGAUGGUAUCCAUAUGUAAUUACUGGAAUGACCCAUACCAUCAGAGGCUGUUCCUGAGUGGAAAUACAUAUUUGGCCUUACUGAAUGGAGACAGAACACAUACCAAUAUCACAGCUUGGAAGAACAACUUCCUCAAAAUAAAAAAGUUUGUUAUGAUUGGCGGUCGCGAUGAUGGACUAAUCUCUCCUUGGCAAUCCAGUCUUUUCAGCUUUUAUGAUGACAAAGGAGAGGUUGUCGACAUGAGGAAUACAAAUUGGUAUCUGAAAGAUGUGUUUGGAUUGAGGACCCUUGACCUGCGGAAAGAUCUGGUGCAGUGUGAAUUUGAUGGUAUUGAGCAUGUGAAAUGGCCUCAUGUUCAAGAAGUGUACACUGGUUGCAUCGAGGAAUGGCUACGGACUUAAACUCUGCAUUAUUGCAAAAGUGCAUUAUUUUUCUAAUAACGAACGCCACGUCGUCCAUUAUCCCUUACUUACAUAGCUUCGUCAUGAUGAUCUCUAAGAGGAAGUAAGGUGGAGGUUGAGGUAACAGAAUCAACUGUACCUAUAAUUUACUUUGCCAUAAACUCUUUGUUUUGCCUUUCGUUUUAGAGAGAUGUAUGCCUGCAGCUCUCUGUCUUUGUGACUUCUAACAAAGUCUAGUUUAUCCACAGUUUAUUUUCAUCAGCAUAUUAUGUACAGUACAUUAAAGGAUGUUCUCAACAA